UGAUCAGUAGCCUGUCUAAAAGAAAUUGAUUCUGACCGUUAGUCAUAUCUCUGAAGUUCCGGCUGUGCUGCGUUUACAUUGGAUAACAUCUCUUCGUAUUGUGGAUUCAGUCGUGUCUGGUUCUGAGGAAACUGUCUUGUUCAGACUCUGUUCUGUGAACAAUUUAUUGAAAUGCAAAUUGUGACCACACCAAUUCAGACGAAUUCGGUUAUUUCAAAUCAACCAGCUCCAAUAGCCAGCCAAUCAAGCAAGAAGGACUGGGAAGUUGGUUUAUUUGAAUGCAAGUCGAUAAAACUGGCAGUCAUGUCUUGUUUAUGCCCUUGCUGCGUUUUCGGUAGUAUCAGCCAAGAAAUGGGCUAUUCGUGGUGUCUUUGUUGUUUAACCUAUCUGAUCACAUUAUUCUUCACACCCAUUAUGUUAAUACAUGUAAUAUUAGGAUGCAGCUGUCGUAAACAUCUAAGACAUUAUUACCGUAUUAAAGGCAGUAUAAUCUUUGAUUUUUUUGCCUACCUACUGUGCUGUCCAUGUGCACUGUAUCAAUCAGCAGCACAAAUAGCAAUUGAACGUUACAGAAAAAUGCAAACUAAUGGUCGGAAAGAUUAUUCAUCAGGUUUAUUUCGUAAGAUCGGUCACAAAAUAAUUACAUUUUACAGUAUUCCCAAAUGUAUUCAUGAUGCUCAGUGUUGUUCCCAAUCUCUUUUACCUGCGCAUGCACUGAGGGAAAAUAAUACACAAAUGUAUCCACAAGUUGGAUUGGUUAAUGCAAUUGAAAGAUCAUGCAUAAAUCAGCUGACACAGAUGUCACAGCUGGCUGCCCAAAAUCCAGGAUCGGUUAGUCUUACUAUAGAACCAUCUAGUAUUUCCGAACAUAAAAUUCAACCUAAUCCACAGCUACCACAAACUCAACCACAAAACUUUGAAACUCAAUCAGACUUCAGUGUACAUGAGCCAGUUGUGCAUGUUUAGCGAAACAUGUAGCUGCAAAUAAGCAUAAAAGAAUAACUGCCGGAAAAAUUUUUCAAACUGUUGGAAUUACUUCACGCGUUCAAAUCAGGAAAAGUUAGUCCAACGCUCAUAAACUCAUAUGAAUCCCUCUUUUGUGGUUCAGUUCAUUUUGCCAUAAAAUUUGCUUGAUUGAAUAAAACGUUUAAUUGUG